ACAGGGGACAGAAGCUGUCAGGCUCUGGCUGCACCUUUUGAGCCUCUUGUGUUAGCUGUAGCCAUGCAAACCCUGUAUAAUAAUUCUGGGUGCCGGGACCUGCCAGGGACUACAGAGGAUGACCAGGAUGAUGAUGAUUAUGAGAACAUGGCGCCAUCCUACAAGGACCUUCCUCCCAAGCCAGGUUCAGUACCUCCACGAAGGCCUCCAAAGGCAGGAAGAAAACCAGAAAACCCCCCACUUCCUCGCAAGCCCCUGGAGAUCACAGGCCUGGACCUCACCCCUGUUACCUGCACAUCUCAACUUGGCAUUGCUGUGGAGAUUCCGCCAUUCCAGCCAUCUGAAGCCACAACUCCAGUGCCCUGGCUCAGUCAGAAUUCUGGGGGUCCUGGGUGCUACCUGGAGGAGAGAUGGCUGGUUUUCCUGUAUCUGCUGGUGUUGCUGUCACUGUUCCUGGGCUGCACUGGUCUGGCUAUAACCCUGAUUAAGUACCAGGAGGUGGUAGAAGAACUGAAGAUGUUAACCUUUCAGCAGAUGGCGUGGCAAGCAAAUAUGACUGGCAUGGCAGGGCUUGCUAGCCUGAAGAAGGAAAUUAACCAAGUAAGAGCUGACACCAACCAGUCUCUGGUGGAACUUCGAGGCUUAUUAGGCUGUAACAGGGUCACUUGCCCUGAAGGCUGGCUCCGUUUUGAGGGCAAGUGUUACUACUUCUCCCCAAACACCAAGUCAUGGGAUGAAGCCCGGAAGUUCUGCCAAGAGAAUUACUCUCACUUGGUCAUCAUCAGUAGCAUUGCUGAGCAGAACUUUGUGUCCAAGGCUCACCGCUCUCCACGGGUACACUGGCUGGGACUGAGUGACAGAGAGCACGAAGGGGACUGGAAGUGGCUGGAUGGGUCGCCUGUCACUUUGAGCUUCUGGGAACCAGAGGAACCUAACAACAUUAAUGACGAGGACUGUGCCAGCAUGAACAAAGGUGGCACCUGGAAUGACCUUUCCUGCAACAAAGCUACAUACUGGAUUUGCGAGCGGAAAUGUUCCUGUUGAACCCCAGGAAUGAGACUGGGUGGGGGUCUGUACCCGAGUCCCCCUUGGCUCUUGGAGAUGGGAACUUUGUGCCCUUCCAUGGAAGGCCCAGCCUCUCCAUGAACCGACUUGGAUGCACUCAAGAUGGAACCAGCAGCUUGGAUAUAGCAAGUUCCCUGGGGUAUAAGUCAGACCAUUUCUAGGGAGAGGACUUGGGAGCUUGUUCAGUAGGAUGGUGUCUUAGUUUGUUCUGGCUGCUAUAACAGAAUGCCAUAAACUGGGUGGCUUAUAAACAACAGAAAUUUAUUUCUCAAAGUUCUGGAAGCUGGGAAGCCCAAGAUCAAGGUGCAGGUGAAGGCCUGCUUCCUGGUUCAUGAAUGUUGUCUUUUUGCUAUGUUCUCACAUGUUAGAAGGGACAGGGAACUCUCUGGGGUCCCUUUUAAAAAAAAUUUUUUUUUUUUUAAUCCUUACCCGAGGACAUUUUUCCAUUUUUCACUCA